AUGGAAGCAACACGACUCACUUCGAAUGAUCUACCUCUUGAUUCAGGUUCGGAGCUGUUAGAGGAAAGAAACAGCCAUGAACAGGUGUUCCUGGUGGCGACUAGUGAUAUGUAUCAACAACAAGAACAACCAGCAUCCAUACACUCUCAUGAAGAUCUGAUGGAUGAUGUAUUAAGGGAACGAAUGAAACAAUAUGUAGAACAGAAUGAAGGCUCCUCGGAAAGGCCUUUGAGUGAGGAUGAUCAUUUCGACCAUCAUGAUGAAGAAGAGCUCGCUAUUGCCUCGCCCAUGAGAAGAAAACAUCUCACUGCAACCAUGAUGAGUCCGCUAGGAAUUAAAAAGAAUCAUCAAAAAGUAUUCCUUGAAAUGUUUCAUCAUACACUUCCAGAGAGUAUUCAUACAGUAGAGGAAACUGAAAAGAAGGAAUCCAUGGCGGCAACCAUCCUGCAAAAGGCAGUGAAAGGCUUCAUCGUGAGACGAAGAUACAUGAAACGACGGAUGGAAGAAGCAAAGAAUAAGGCAGAAUAUGAAGCAAACAAAAGUGAAUUAAGCAACCUCAAGAAGAAGAGCCAAUCUCAAGCAAUGUCCACGCAUGAGAUGCAAGAACAAUCACUCAAACUGAAAAAGUCCAUUCAAGCGAGUAUCAAUAGAAUUAAAAGUCGCGAACAAGCAAGACAAGAGAGUGCCACAAUCAUCCAGAGAGCAUGGCGAAGAAAGAAAGAGCAGAAUCCAUCUCGCUUGGACAUUCAAGAGCCAAGCGAGAAAUUAUUAAGUGCAUUGGAAAAUUCUGAGUAUUUUGGAUCAAGAAUAUCUAUUGAAGAUUUGAUGGUCUUGCUAACAACCACAACGACAACCAAGAACACAGUUGUAACGAGACCAGAUUAUUCCUACAGAAUGACACUGAUUUAA